ACGCAUGCGCCCGGGCCGCAGCCUCGCCGCCGCGCCAUUUUGCCGGGGUUUGAAUGUGAGGCGGAGCGGCAGCAGGGGUGGGUAGUGCCGGCUACAGUUCGCGGCUGAGAUUCCCUUCUCCGUUCCCGUAUCCCCAAGAGGUUCUCUGGCAAUGGAGCUCAGUGAUGCAAAUUUGCAAACACUAACAGAAUACUUAAAGAAAACUCUUGAUCCUGAUCCUGCCAUCAGACGUCCAGCUGAGAAGUUUCUUGAAUCUGUAGAAGGAAAUCAAAACUACCCACUCUUGCUUUUAACAUUGCUGGAAAAGUCCCAGGAUAAUGUUAUCAAAGUUUGUGCCUCAGUAACAUUCAAGAACUAUAUUAAAAGAAACUGGAGAAUUGUUGAAGAUGAACCAAACAAAAUUUGUGAAGCUGACCGAGUAGCCAUUAAAGCCAACAUAGUGCACUUGAUGCUUAGCAGCCCAGAGCAAAUUCAGAAGCAGUUAAGUGAUGCUAUUAGCAUUAUCGGCAGAGAAGAUUUCCCUCAGAAAUGGCCUGACUUGUUGACAGAAAUGGUGAAUCGAUUUCAGAGUGGAGAUUUCCAUGUUAUUAAUGGAGUCCUUCGUACAGCACAUUCUUUAUUUAAAAGAUAUCGCCAUGAAUUUAAGUCAAAUGAGUUAUGGACUGAAAUUAAACUUGUUCUGGAUGCCUUUGCUUUGCCUUUGACUAAUCUAUUUAAGGCCACUAUUGAACUCUGCAGUACCCAUGCAAAUGAUGCUUCUGCCCUAAGGAUUCUUUUUUCUUCCCUGAUCCUUAUCUCAAAAUUGUUCUAUAGUUUAAACUUUCAGGACCUCCCUGAAUUUUUUGAAGAUAAUAUGGAAACCUGGAUGAAUAAUUUUCAUACCCUCUUGACAUUAGAUAAUAAGCUUCUACAAACUGAUGAUGAAGAGGAAGCAGGCUUAUUGGAGCUCUUAAAAUCCCAGAUUUGUGACAAUGCUGCACUCUAUGCACAGAAGUAUGAUGAAGAAUUUCAACGGUACCUGCCUCGUUUUGUCACAGCCAUCUGGAAUUUACUAGUUACAACAGGUCAAGAGGUUAAAUAUGACUUGUUAGUAAGUAACGCCAUUCAGUUUCUGGCUUCAGUUUGCGAGCGGCCUCACUAUAAGAAUCUGUUUGAGGACCAGAGCACGCUGACGAGUAUCUGUGAGAAGGUUAUUGUGCCUAACAUGGAAUUUAGAGCCGCUGAUGAAGAAGCCUUUGAAGACAAUUCUGAGGAGUAUAUAAGAAGAGAUUUGGAAGGAUCUGAUAUUGAUACUAGACGCAGAGCCGCUUGUGAUCUAGUACGAGGAUUGUGCAAGUUUUUUGAGGGACCUGUGACAGGAAUCUUUUCUGGUUAUGUUAAUUCCAUGCUGCAAGAAUAUGCAAAAAACCCAUCUGUCAACUGGAAACACAAAGAUGCAGCCAUUUACCUAGUGACAUCUUUGGCAUCAAAAGCCCAAACACAGAAGCAUGGAAUUACACAAGCAAAUGAACUUGUAAACCUGACUGAGUUCUUUGUGAAUCACAUUCUCCCUGAUUUAAAAUCAGCUAAUGUGAAUGAAUUUCCUGUCCUUAAAGCUGAUGGUAUCAAAUACAUUAUGAUUUUUAGGAAUCAAGUAUCAAAAGAACAUCUUUUAGUCUCUAUUCCUCUCUUGAUUAAUCACCUUCAAGCUGAAAGUAUUGUUGUUCAUACUUAUGCAGCACAUGCUCUUGAGAGGCUGUUUACUAUGAGAGGGCCGAACAACACCACUCUCUUUACAGCCGCAGAAAUCGCACCGUUUGUUGAGAUUCUGCUAACAAACCUUUUCAAAGCUCUCACACUUCCUGGCUCUUCAGAAAAUGAAUAUAUUAUGAAAGCUAUCAUGAGAAGUUUUUCCCUCCUACAAGAAGCCAUAAUCCCCUACAUCCCCACCCUCAUCACUCAGCUUACACAGAAGCUUUUAGCUGUUAGUAAGAAUCCAAGCAAACCUCACUUUAAUCACUACAUGUUUGAAGCGAUAUGUUUGUCCAUAAGAAUAACUUGUAAAGCUAACCCUGCUGCUGUUGUAAAUUUUGAGGAGGCUUUGUUUCUGGUGUUUACUGAAAUUUUACAAAAUGAUGUACAAGAAUUUAUUCCAUACGUCUUUCAAGUGAUGUCUUUGCUUCUGGAAACACACAAAAAUGAUAUCCCGUCUUCUUACAUGGCCUUAUUUCCUCAUCUCCUUCAGCCAGUGCUUUGGGAAAGAACAGGAAAUAUCCCUGCUCUGGUGAGGCUUCUCCAAGCGUUCUUGGAACGCGGUUCAAACACGAUAGCAAGUGCUGCGGCUGACAAAAUUCCUGGGUUAUUAGGUGUCUUCCAGAAGCUAAUUGCAUCCAAAGCCAAUGACCACCAAGGUUUUUAUCUUCUAAACAGUAUAAUAGAGCACAUGCCUCCUGAGUCAGUUGAUCAGUACAGGAAGCAAAUCUUCAUUCUACUAUUCCAAAGACUUCAGAAUUCCAAAACAACAAAGUUUAUCAAGAGCUUCUUAGUCUUUAUUAAUUUGUAUUGCAUAAAAUAUGGGGCGCUGGCACUGCAAGAAAUAUUUGAUGGCAUACAACCAAAAAUGUUUGGAAUGGUUUUGGAAAAAAUCAUUAUUCCUGAAAUUCAGAAAGUAUCUGGAAAUGUAGAGAAAAAGAUUUGUGCGGUUGGCAUAACGAAAUUACUAACAGAAUGUCCCCCAAUGAUGGACACAGAGUAUACCAAGCUAUGGACUCCUUUAUUACAGUCUCUGAUUGGCCUUUUUGAGUUACCUGAAGAUGAUACCAUUCCUGAUGAAGAACAUUUUAUUGACAUAGAAGAUACACCAGGGUAUCAGACCGCCUUCUCACAGUUGGCAUUUGCUGGGAAAAAAGAGCAUGAUCCUGUAGGUCAGAUGGUGAACAAUCCCAAAAUUCACCUGGCACAGUCACUUCACAAGCUGUCUACCGCCUGUCCAGGAAGGGUAAGUGUGUUGUCCAGGAACUCUGAUGAACAGACCCCUUUCUGGGAAGGCAAGAAGGUAGGAGUUAUGCUGGUGCCUAUAGUUAGGCGUUAAUUUUCUUUCGUUAAAAUGAUGUGCUAGAAGUAGAUUUUAAGCAAAUGACUUUUGGAAUAAGGACAAAGCAGGGGAUAAAACCCCCUCACACCUCCCCCACACACUUUUUAAGUUUUAUUUAUUUAUUUAAGUAAUCUCUACACCUGACAUGAGGCUUGUACUCACAACUCCCAAGAGCUAGAGUCGCUGGCUCCUACUGAGCCAGCCAGGCACUCUAAAACCCUUUGAAUAGAAAUGUAUUUAUUUCCCAGAUUGAAAUCACUCUUCUAUUAAAAUGUAGGCAUUUUUUUUUUUAACUGCAGCAUACUCAAAUAUUGGA